AUGAGGGAUGUCAUUAUUUAUUGGCAAACUUUGGAGGAGUAUGAGAAGAAUGGAAGGGAUUUCAAGUAUAGUGUGCAGAUUAGCGAAAAUGGACGAAUGUUGCCCAGGCUACCCGACAGAAUCCAAAACAACUAUGCAAACUUCACAAAUCUAGACUUGGACAAAGAAUACGAAUUUUCAUUGACUUCGGUUAACGAAAAAGGAAAAUCUGAUAACAGUUCCUUGAUUCAUGUGCCGAGAUCAGAUAGAAUUGUAAGUCAACCUAAGCUGUUCACAAAAAUCUCAUUGAGCGAUUAUGUUUAUUUGUUGUCCUGGAAAAGACCUGAUGGUGUUGACGAUAUUUCAAAUUACACUAUUUUUUGGUGCCAGAGUGGAUUUGAAAGGCCUACUAUUUGUCCAAAUUCUUUAGAAUGGCACACAGUACCAGCAAAUGAAAGUACACACAAUGUAACCGUGAAGACUAAUAAAAAUUAUCAAUUUGCAAUAUCAGUCAAACACCGACAUCGAACAGUGGAAUGA